UGGGAAGAGCUUCAGGAUGAGCACCAACCUCCUCAAGCACCAGCACACUCACACUGGGGAACGACCCUACACAUGUAAGGAAUGUGGGAAGAGCUUCAGAGACAGCUCCAACCUGAUCAAACACAAGCGCAUCCACACUGGAGAACGGCCCUACAUGUGUGGGGAAUGUGGAAAGAGCUUCAGGCAGAGUUCCCACCUCAUCCAACACCAGCAAAUCCACACUGGGAAACAUCCGGAGAAAAGGGAUUUGUCCUUCCCAAAGCUUGGUCAGAUGGAGGAGGAGGCUGCGAGGAAGAGGAAGAUGCUUUGGGCCCCCCAGGCGGGCCCCGAACUGAGGACGGAGAGCCCGGAGGACAAAUCCCCCCGGCAGAACCUGGUGGAAGAGGCCGUUUUGAAGGGCUCCCCGACGCAGGAAGGCAGCGGGGUGGAAAAGGGCCGGAGAUCCUCCCGCAGGAGGGGCUCCAAAGCCAGCCCAGGGUGCUCUGAGGAGGAAAGACCCAGCCUGUGCCGCGAAAGCGGCCGGAACUUGAGGCAGAGCUCUGAGCUGGUGGUCCCUGAGCAGCCUCCCAGCAGGGAGAAGCCCUUCAGGUGCUUGGAAUGUGGGAAGAGCUUCAGACAGAGCUUCAACCUGAUCCGACACCAGCACAUCCACAGUGGGGAACAGCCCUACCCAUGUGGGGAAUGUGGGAAGAGCUUCAGGGACAGCUUUGACCUGAUCCAACACCAGCACAUCCACACUGGGGAACAGCCCUACACAUGUAGGGAAUGUGGGAAGAGCUUCAGGUGCAACUCUACCCUGAUCCGACACCAGCACAUCCACAGCGGGGAACGGCCCUACCCAUGUGGGGAAUGUGGGAAGUGUUUCAGGAACAGCUCCACCCUCCGCACCCACCAGCACAUCCACACUGGGGAAGGGCCCUACAUGUGUGGGGAAUGUGGGAAGAGCUUCAGGUACAACUCUACCCUGAUCCAACACCAGCACAUCCACACUGGAGAACGCCUCUACCCAUGUGGGGAAUGUGGGAAGAGCUUCAGGACGAGCACCAACCUCCUCACCCACCAGCGCAUCCACAGCGGAGAACGGCCCUACACUUGUGUGGAAUGUGGGAAGAGCUUCACAGACAAGUCUACCCUGAUCCGACACCAGAGCAUCCACACCGGGGAACGGCCCUACAGGUGCUUGGAAUGUGGGAAGAGGUUUAGGACCAGCUCCAAUCUCCUCCUGCACCAGCGGACACACACGGAUGAGAUGCCCUUCCGCUGCACCGACUGCGGGAAGGGCUUCAGGCAGAACUCCCACCUCAUCACCCACCGGCGCAUACACACUGGGGAGAGGCCCUACAAGUGUGGGGAGUGUGGGAAGAGCUUUCCCAGGAACUCAGCCUUGACCUCACACCAACGGACCCACAGGUAAGGGAAGCUGUAUGUGUGCCCCGACUGCAGGAAGAGCUUCAGCUGCUGCUUCCACCCCGAAUGAACCCCCUGAUGGGGAGGCAACCCCUGGAGUCCAGUGACUGUCAGUCCAUCCCUUUCUACCAGAAAGGACCAGUCCCCUUUCCCAUGAAACAGGAGCCAGGCCUAAAAGAGUUAACUGAGAUAUCUUGGCCUGCUAAGAAACCCCAGUACCUGUGUUGCUGGAAGAACAUUUUAGGAGCACUGGUUAAUAUGUUCUGUUCUGCUCACUGGACCAAAGGCCUUCAUAUAGAAAGAACAGGAGUAGAACACACACAGUAAUAAUUUAGGUAAACUAGAUGUUUGAAUAAGAUCUAGAAGGCCCAGAGCUAGGAUUUUGCAAGCUUGAAGAAUUCAGGUUACCUAACUGAAAAGGUCAAAUUGAGGAAGAUGUCCAUGGUGACCACCAGAGGGAUGAAGGCUUGAGGAGAAGACCCCCACAGUAGAAGACUAUGCAUGACUGGAAAGACUCUGCCCAGAGACCAGCCUGCUUGUUAAUAUGUAUAAUACAUGAUGUAACCAUGGAUCUAAAGUGUAUAAAAUAGCUUGCUUUUGCACUUUUAAGUUGAGCAAGUUUAUCCAGUGCGAGCUGGCUUGCUCCCAACAUUGAAUAAACAAAUACCUUGCUGCUUAAAGACAAAAAAAGUCUCUGAGCAGUCUUUCGGACCAAGUUUUUCAGAUUCAUUUGGCAGCUCGUGGCAGGACACCUUCUCCACCUGGCUGCGGAAUCCCUCGGAGGAUGGGACCCCCUAGGGUGCCCUCGGGUGAGUCUUUUUACCUGAAGGGCAAAAAGAAUCCCUUCUUCAGUGGAUUCUUGCGGGGGCUGGAAAAGAACACUGCCUAUUGAUAAAAGGUAUUUGUAUCUGGUUUCUGGUUUUGUCUAUUCUGGUUCUGGUUAUUCUGGUUCUGGAUUCCCAUAAGCCGAAGGCGGGACGCCGGCACUCGCAGGGAUAUGGGAAAGGACGCUCUUCCAGGUGAACAUCCCCUCUGGUCUGGUCUGGUCUGGUUUUGUUUGUAUUUGGCCAAAUAUUGUUUAUUUUGAGGGAAACAAGGUUGUCUUUUUUGUUUUCAGAAAAAUUAUUGUGUACCUGAUAUACCUUGCUUGAAACAUCCAGGAGCACAUAGUUAAAGGUAUUAUCAUGGUAAGAAUGGCUAUGUGAGAGGUAGUGCUGAAGAGUGAACUAUAAGCACACCACUUUGGAUAAGACCUAGAAUUAAGAUUUGUUCAUUUUGCAACUGUUGGUUAUAUGUAGAGCCUUGUGUAACAGAUGUAAGGUUUGCCUCCCUGACAGACAAGGCUGGGUCAGAACCAGUGUGCAUAUUGCAGAAAAGAGGGACACUGGA